AGUACUCAAUGUCACGUCCGGGACAUCGAGACCGCGAACGAGACAAAUAUGAGCCGCCAAACCCUCGCCGCACCCACUCUAUCAUGUCUCCGGAGGACGUCCAGAACGGCAAGAAGUCCUAUUGGCCGGAGCUGGAGAUCACGGGUGAGUACAGCCACCACUUGAUGGUGUCGACCACUCGAUGGUGUCCACCACUCGAUAGUGUCCACCACUCGAUAGUGUCCACCACUCGAUGGUGUUGGUGUCCACCACUCAUUGUCUCACUGAUGUUGUGUAUCUUAGGGUCCAUCCGGAACCUGAGUCCGUCGUUGUGGGCGAUGACACACCUGACGUCACUGUAUCUGAACGAGAACAGCCUCAGUCGGAUCCCCGCAGACAUCGCACGCCUCACAUCACUCAUGCAUUUGGAUCUGUCGUCUAAUAAACUCCGGAGUCUUCCCGCGGAACUGGGAGACCUAAUCAUGUUAAGGGAACUCCUACUCAACAACAACUACUUGCGAUGCCUGCCCUACGAGUUGGGAAAACUGUUUCAAAUACAGACAUUAGGACUUAAAGGCAAUCCAUUGACUCAAGAGUUGUUAGUUAUAUACAACGAACCCAACGGAACCCAACGACUCCUAUCCUAUCUGUUGGACAACCUCGUCGUGACGGCCUCCCGACCCCCGAACAGGCCAUGGAUUCCUUCUGGUCACCCGGACAGGAGCCGAUUGACCAGUAUUUUCACAGUCAUGUGUUAUAAUAUAUUGUGUGAUAAGUUGGCGACCAGACAACUGUACGGCUAUUGUCCCAAUUGGGCGCUCGCUUGGGAUUACCGCAAGAAAGCCAUCAUCGAUGAGAUCCGACACUAUUCGGCGGACAUAAUAUCACUGCAAGAGGUGGAAACGGAUCAGUUCUACAACUUCUUUCUGCUUGAGCUCCGGGAACAGGGAUACGACGGCAUCUUUUCGCCCAAAUCCAGGGCUAAGACAAUGACUGAGUCGGAGCGGCGACAUGUUGACGGAUGCGCUAUAUUUUUCCGGACUAAUAAAUUCAGUCUAAUUAAGGAGCAUUUGGUUGAAUUCAAUCAGUUAGCGAUGGCUAACGCCGAGGGAUCCGACGAUAUGUUGAAUCGAGUGAUGACUAAAGACAACAUCGGUUUGGCCGCACUCUUGCAGACCAAAGAGGGCGCCUUCGAAGCAGGUAUGCUUCCGGACCCCUCGCAAGCACACCACCCGUUGCUGGUGUGUACGGCGCACAUCCAUUGGGACCCAGAGUUUUGUGACGUGAAGUUAAUUCAGACAAUUAUGUUGAUGCAUGAGCUGAGGUCUAUAGUGGAGGACUCGGCGCACAGCUUCAGACCCGGAGCCCAGAAGGCCGACGCCAACAGUGUUCCUCUGAUUCUGUGCGGAGACCUGAACUCAUUGCCCGACUCGGGAGUCGUCGACUUCCUGGGUUCGGGCCGUAUAGCUGCCGAUCACUCGGACUUCAAAGAACUCGGAUAUAAAGACUGCUUACGGAAACUAAGUUGUUCUGAGAGGGCCUCCGAAUACACCCAUCCCUUCAAGAUUGCCAACGCAUACGCCGAUGACAUCAUGCCCUUCACUAACUACACGUUUGACUUCAAGGGUGUAAUCGAUUACAUCUUCUACUCGAAGAGUCAUUUAUCAGUUUUGGGUCUUUUGGGUCCUUUAGACCCGGAGUGGUUGCGUGAGAACAAAGUGGCCGGUUGUCCGCACCAACACAUCCCCUCCGAUCACUUCCCACUGCUGGUAGAGUUGGAGCUGGAGGUGGGCGCCGCCCUCUCCAACGGACAUAUGUUGCGGAGAUAACACAACCCCUCCACACAUUCAAUGACUGUCUAAUGAAUCCAUUGAUGAAUUCACUGUAAAAAAUGUCAUUUUAUAUACACUUGAAUUCAGCUUUUAUUUGGUUCUGCUUUGGAUUGUAAAUGUUUUAUACAUUUCUAUUCAAAACUAUAUUGAAAUUAUGUUUCAAAUGUUCGCCAAUUGUUUUAAAACACUUUUAAAACUUUACAGACGUCUUCAGUACUUAUUAGUAGUUAUUAUUAUUAUUAUAUUAUUAUUAUUAUUAUCAUUAUUUCUUAUAUUUCGGAACUUUUACAUUAAUUAUCGCUUAAAUUAUUAGUUUGAAAUCAAAUUAUAUUUAAUAGUAUUUUAUUUUAAAAGAUGAC